UGCCGGAUCUGAAGUGAGCAGUCAUUCCCUGCCAGGAUUCUCCAAUGAAUGGCCCGAUGGCUGCCUCGUCUGAUAGGAUCUCGCUCGGCCCUCUGGUAGCAGCGAUCGAUCAGGGCACGAGCUCCACUCGGUUCCUGGUGUUCAAUGCUAAAACUGCCGAGCUGCUUAGUCACCAUCAAGUCGAAAUUCAGCAAAGUUUCCCUAAAGAGGGAUGGGUGGAAGAGGACCCGAAAGAGAUUCUGCAGUCCGUGUACGAGUGUAUGGACCGAACCUGUGAGAAACUGACGCAGCUCAACAUUGACAUCUCCAACAUUAAAGCCAUGGGUGUGACCAAUCAGCGAGAAACCACACUGGUCUGGGACAAAGAAACGGGUGAGCCGCUGUACAAUGCGAUUGUGUGGCUGGACCUGCGCACACAGUCCACUGUGGAAAGACUCAUCAACAACACGCCGGGCAGGAACAAAAACCACCUAAAGCACAAGACCGGUCUUCCCAUCAGCACGUACUUCAGUGCCGUGAAGCUGCGCUGGUUAAUGGACAACGUGGAGGAGGUACGCCAGGCCGUGCUUUCACACACAGCCAUGUUCGGAACCGUCGACUCCUGGCUCAUAUGGUGCCUAACCGGUGGGAAGAAAGGAGGCGUCCAUGUUACAGAUGUGACCAAUGCAAGCAGGACCAUGCUCUUCAAUAUACACACACUGGACUGGGAUCCAGAUCUCUGCAACUAUUUUGGCAUACCAAUGGAGAUCCUGCCAAAAGUGAGGAGUUCCUCAGAGAUCUACGGAUUAAUGAAAAUCAGUUCUAGUCUGAAAUCUGGUCCUCUCACUGGUGUUCCAAUAUCAGGGUGUCUAGGGGACCAGUCUGCCGCACUUGUGGGACAGAUGUGCUUUCAGGACGGUCAAGCCAAAAACACUUACGGCACUGGAUGUUUCCUGCUCAGAAACACAGGAACGAAGCCGGUGAUGUCAGAUCAUGGCCUUCUAACCACAGUAGCGUAUAAACUGGGUCGAGACAAGCCGGCCUGCUAUGCGUUAGAGGGUUCAGUUGCCAUAGCAGGGGCGCUGGUGCGCUGGUUGAAGGAUAACCUCGGGAUUAUCGAAAAUUCAACAGAGCUCGAGAAGCUUGCAGCUGGAGUUGGAACGUCAUACGGCUGCUACUUUGUCCCUGCAUUCUCAGGUCUCUACGCCCCCUACUGGGAACCGAGCGCUAGAGGAAUCAUCUGUGGUUUGACUCAGUUCACCAACAGGAGUCACCUGGCCUUCGCUGCUCUGGAAGCAGUCUGCUUUCAGACACGAGAGAUCCUGGAUGCGAUGAAUCAGGACAGUGGGAUUCCACUGACUCAGCUCCAGGUGGAUGGAGGCAUGACCUUGAACAGACUCCUCAUGCAGCUCCAGGCUGAUAUUCUCUGCAUUCCAGUAGUGAAGCCGUCCAUGCCGGAGACGACAGCUCUGGGAGCGGCCAUGGCAGCGGGAGCAGCGGAGGGAGUCCGAGUGUGGAGUUUGAAUCCUGAGGACCUCACUGAGGUCACCUCUGAGAAAUUCGAACCCCAGAUCAACCCAGAGGAGAGUGAGUUCCGCUACGCUCGCUGGAAGAAAGCGGUCCAGAGAGCCAUGAACUGGGAGACUACAGAGCCAGUCAGCAAUGGAAACAAUGAAUCUAGUUUCUUCAGUAGUGUUCCCCUGGGCUUUUUCAUUCUGGGUAGCAUGUGUAUGUUAAUUGGAGCGAAAUACAUUGCAGGUUUCAAGUAGACUUCUUCUUGAAUCCACUACGAUAUUGAAUAAUGACCGUAGAAUGAAGGAUAUUAGGUACCUCCACUAGUGGCGAGUCACUCUCUAGCAAAUAUGGGACAACUGAAUCAUCUCUAUCUGACCUCGAAACAAUCAACGAAAGGUUGUUUUUAUACUUUUGGUACGUGGUUGCCAUAGCAUGCAAGCUGCAAGUUGGUGACUGAAACAGAUUCUGUGAAGAAGAAAAAAAAAAAAACGAACAAAACACUUAAUUGAAAUUGCAAAGCACUGUUGUACUUAUGAAGAAACAGCUGGCAGCGUUGCUGAGCAACGUCAUCUGACCCAAGCUGGUUGCUAUAGCUCCUUAAUUUCCUUUAUGUAGAUGAUGAAAUUUUUCACACAGACCUCUGUGUGUUUUGUCGUACUGUAUUCUAAAUUCAGCCAACUUUUAAUUGUGCCACAUCUUAUUUCGCUUCAUCAUAUCAUACCAUGUGUUAGAAGGUGCUGAUUGUAGUUUUCCAGAGUACUUCUUCUAAGGAACGGCGGAAAAUAUGGAAGCACUGAGGUAUAAAUCCUGGCACGCACUGCAUGAGGACUGUGAAUGGUUUUACUUUCACAGUCUUCCAUAUGGUUGUUGAACAAAACUGUGUGUUACUCUUCUGUUACUGUGAGACCCCCAACCCAGAAUACUGUGCAUCCCAAGGUAGAAAAAGCUAAUAAAAGUUUUCCUACUAGGAUGUCAAACGUUUAAGAAACACUAGAACUCUGAAAAACUUCUUGAUAAUCACAGUGUCUGAUGAUGUCUCUGACCUAGAGACUGUGCUUUUCUAUCAUAUACAAUACAUCACUUGUCAUAUGCUGUAAUAUAUGUAAUAGGGUGUAAUAUUCUCUUGCUGAGAAUAUUGACUGAAAGCAGAAAGCUUGCUUUUACCAAUAACCUUUUGAAUCAUGGUGUAAUAAAAACAGCUAAUGUUUGUCAUCUAACUAGAGGUCAUAUUUGUUUUGUCCUUUGUUAACCUGGAGUUGGCUUUUAGUCAUUAUUUAGCUAGCUCUUGGGUUAUUGGCUAACUAUCAACGAACUAGGCUUACAUUCAGUAGAAUAAAAAAAAAAUCAUGAUGGUUUCUAACAAAAAAUGCUUUUAAUCAUUAAUAACAUGUUUAAAAUCUAACGUAGGCAUAAACAGUACUAUUUUGGUUCAAAGUUAGGUUUACAAAUACAACUGUGUAAAAUGGAACAUAAAUGAAAAUGAAUAUUGCAAUGCCAUUUGUGCCUCUAGUAAAUUCAGUUAUGUUGGUAGGACUACUUAAUUUGACAUGACAAUUUAUUUUUCUCCAAAGUGGCCUGUUGAUCUAUCGAUCUGUCUCCCUUAUUAACUGUCUCUGAGGUCGUGUAUGUGGAAGAGGGUGGAUAGCACUUUCUUCUGAGUUCGUUCCUCUGGAGGGAGGGGAACAAGCAUGUAUUGGUCAUCACCCUACGUGAUUUGUAGCUGUUCUAGGAUACGAUAAUAGACUGACUGGUGAAUUGAGAUUACCUAGUGAGCGCAGGAAAAAAAAUAAAAAAAUUCAGCCAACAUGAUGCAUUAACAUAACAUAACUUUGGCCCAAAAGUGAAAUAACUGUUUUGCGUCAGUUUGUGUUGUCAUCUUAACAUCAUUGACGUUAUCACAGUCGUCAUAAAGUACAUAUAUUUAAUAGGUGUCAUUUACUUCUAUGAGCGCUGUUCUUAAGUAUUUACAUAAUCUUUUCAUCUGUUUUAUCUGUAUUUUAGGUAUAAACAUGGCAAAGGUAUUAAUCCUGCCAGUUAAGUUAAAUAUUUAUUUUUGCAGAUAACCACUAGAUAAAUAUUACGAUGUGAUAUUAAGCCCUGAUGCUUAAGUUAUUUUGUCAUUAAUGAAGAAUUCGUAUUUUCGAGUCUCUUUGAUUAAAGCAUUAUCGGGGCCAAAAGCCAAUGAACUUAAUAUCAGUAUGUGAAAUACCAUAAAGCACUCACCAACAAGGUUUCUUUUUUUUUUUUUUGUAAAUUUGUAACGGGGAUUUUUUUAUUUUUAAGAUUUGUGUGUUUAACAGGAAUUUAUAAUAUAUUCAUGCAUUUUUUUUUUUUAUGUACUUGAAUUUUAAAUUGACCCAUACACUGUUCUAGCACAUACCAGUAGUCAGUGUUACUGAGGUAUUUUGUCUCAAAUCAUGCACUUUGCGGCACUUUCCAAACAAGUAGUGCGUGCAAACUUGCAAAUGAAACAAAUAUAAUGUAUCAUUAAUGCUUGAUGUACUACUGUAGCAUUUACAACUUGUAACUUGUGGCUUCACAUUUUCUACAUUAAUAUUUCAGUAAGCGACAAUGACACGAUUCCACAGAUCAAACUGUAAAAAAAAAAAAAAAAAAAAAAAAAGUUAGGUUUUAACUUUUAGGGUUUUUAAAAAUGGUUUUUGCUGUGGUUUUCUCAUGCAGAUCAGUGAUAUCAUGUGAUCUGUCUAAUAAAUACUGUUAAUUAAAAUACUUCAAAUUUAUGCUAUGGUUUAACUUGGUACACUUGCAUAGUGUACAGUCUAAGAUUAUAGUGAACAGUGCAGAAUUUAAGAGACUUUUUUUUAAGGGUUUGAUUGUUUUUUGUUUGGUUUUUGCAAGAAUAUUUUCUUAUGUUGGUACAAAUGCAUAUUUUGUACAUUUGGCUUAGAAAUCCCACAUAUGUAAAAAUCUUUUGCUGCACAUUAAACUUGUGGACUUGGUUAAUA